UGCUCUUGAACGCACCGCCGAAAGGAACUCUGGGAAAGAGAAACAUGGCGUGAUGUUCAAACUCUCCACAAUAUUUUGAACCAAAGUCAAGUUGAGUAGCUGAGCGGAGUUUUAUCCGCCAUGAACGGAGACCGAAGGAUGUUCGAGCCACCGGCCGGUGUAGAGCCGCAGGCGGCCAGACCUCCGAGAAGGAACCGACUGAGCCGGAGCUUCAGACAGAGCCAGACGGGCCUGGUGGAGGUCCUAGAGUCUACCCGGAGCCAGAGAGAACCAGAGUUUAAGACUCCCACCAGAAUCUCCAGAUCCAAACCAACACCUGUUCCCAGCGUGGAGUCUCCACAGAAUGACUCGGACUUCCAGCAGGACAUCAUCUGGGACGCCACCUCCCCGUUGACCAACAGAUUCAGUAAACGAGGUAAAAAGCCUGCCGCUGGACUCAUAAACAUCUCUGAGAUUGUCAGCAGGAUCGCUCCCAAGCAUGGCAGGCCGCGGGUCGCAGAGCCGACCUUACAGCAGUGGAUCGGAGACAGCGCCUCCAUUCCCUGCACUCCAGAUGUUCGAGCUCCCAGGGCCAAGAAGAAAUCCCCGAGACCAAACGGCGUGGAGGACCUGCUGCAGCUCGCCAAGCAGUUUGACCUGAACAUGUUCCACCAGAAUGAAGAGGAGGAGGAGGAGGGGCAGAGCCUGGAGAAGCUCCUAACAGAGGACAUCCUGGACAUCAGGAGUCAGGGUCAAGGUUCACUUCCUAGGAACCUUCAGCUGGCUGUGAACGCAGCAGCUGGAUCGGACCCCCAGCCUCAUCCGGAUCAACAGCUGCAGGACGACUUGGACUUCCUGUUUGACGGUCCGACUCAGAAGGUGGGCGGAAACCUGAGUCAGGCUUCCAUGGAGGUCAGCAGGAAACCGUCCAUGUAUGGUUCUGCCUCAGGUGUUAGCAGGAUGGGAAACAAACAUGACUCGGUCCAUGACGAGUUUGAGGAUGACUGGGACAUCGACGGCUUGCUAAACGACUCGCUGGUGCUGGAGAUGACCCAGAAUCCUCUGACCUUCAUGGCCCCAAAGCUCUGCUCCACCCAGAAACCAGCAGAUUCUGUCAGAACCCCAGAUCUGAUUCUUCCAGGUCAAAGCAUUCGGGAUUGGGUCACUCCACGUCAGGGCACUGUGGGUUGGGUCACUGAAAGUCUGGUUACUCCGGGUCAGAACAAUCCGGGUUGGGUUGCUCCAUCAGUCAGAGCCAGAACUGAGAAGGAAAACCUGAGACCAAGAGCAGUUUUUCAACUGGAGUGGACUUCAGAUUUUUCUGGGAAAAGGAUCCAGACAGACACGUCAAUGGCCCAGCAAGUGGAUUGCAGUUCUAAAGAUAGUGACCAGAACCGGUUUCCAUUUAUCUCUGGACCUCAGCAAACGGGGAAGACAGGUCAGACGAGCAGCUUUAAACCAGAAUCACAGCGAUCCCAGAGCACUCCGAGGAACUCUGCAGGAAGCUCAUUAUCUGCUGUGACCCUCAGAUCCGAUGUGGUGGACUUCCUGGACGAAGACCUGGACUCUCUGUUCUCAACUGAGCCGGUCUGGGACGACCCAGCUGACGAUGACCUUCUGUGUGAAAUGUGUGAUGACCUGGAGAACCAGAUCUUGAUCCAAGUCCAGGUCAAAACUGACCCCUCUGCCAGACAGACUCCAGUUCUGUCCAAUCAGAGAGCAGCACUGCAACCAACCCACAGAACUUGUGAAAACCGGAUCCGAACAGACAUGUCUGGCCUGUCUAGCACGGGCAGACCAGCUGGAAGCUCAUUGGCUGCUGGAGCUUCUGCGCAGGUGAAGCAGCCAAUUAGAUUCCUGCAAUCUAAACCUGCUGCAGAUGCUGUGUUCAGGAGACUCCAGACAAACACAAGUGGGUCAGAACCAUCUGCAGCAUUGCGAACCACCAUCAACCAGCACUUCACCUUCAAGAAGCCCAGCAACCUGGUAACCAUGGCAACGGGGAAAGGGAAAUGUUCUGCAGCUGAAAUUGAGCUGAAGAAGCAGCAGGCCCUGGAGAGGAGACGGCAGCGGCUGCAGGCAAUGGAGAGCCGACCCGGAAACAGCUGACCCAGCGACACGCAAGCCGGGCCGAAUGGAGUUCAGUUAAGGUGAACAGGUGAACUAAAUUAGACAAUAUGUUCAGGUACCACAGAACAAGCUGCCACAGGCCUCCAGGAGCCCAGAAAGGACAAACUAAUCUUUGGACUCAUUUUUGUCCGUUUUGUUCAUGUCUGUGUGGAACCGUUAAUCUGUUUUGACGUUUUUGCUAUCUGUAAUGUCCUGUAUGGAAACUAUGGAAACGGUCCUGACUGCAGGGAGAAGCGUUUUAAAAGGAGAUGAGUGGAAGGAAUCUCUCUUUAAGAAGAAUAUUUCAGUGUUUUCAGUAACUUCUGAGCUGUUCUGCUGUGAAAGAGUCGAAUAAAUCUGUGAUGUCAUCAGGACCCUGUCCAUCCCACCAAGGAGGGUCACUGAGCAUCAGACACUAAUUUACAUUAAAGAUGAUGUUUUCCUCCGAGCUGAUACGUUUCAUAGUUUCUCUCUGUAAAUGUAAAUGAACUGCUGCUACAGACAUGGACCAUUGUUGGUCCUCCUUCAUGUUGAACUGUCCCUUUAAUGUCUCAGCAGAUGGUUCAGAUGGUUAAAGCAGCUCAGAUUAUUGGAUGUGGGCCUCCUCACUGAGCAUGCUCAGUUUAUGUCACAGAUUUGUGCCUUAAUAAAUCUGCUUGUGAAUUAAAGGACUUUAACGAACCUGCAGUGACAUGAUGAAUAAUUUCCAGGUGUGAGGAGACACCCAGUCAAAAUGAAAGGUUCCUGCUCUGAUGGAUGAAAACUCUGCAGCUUAUUGUCUUCAGCAAACGCGGUGAAAAAGUCUCUCCAUCUCCAUCACUCUAGUAAGCAGACUGGAGCUGUAGGUCUCCUUGUGUUGGAGAUGAUUCCCUCCAGAGAAAAGCUGCAGCAGCAUCACUUUGCAUCCACUGCUGCUGAGGACUCUACAGCUGUAGGAACAAUCAUCUGGAUCUUUGUCAAUGUUACUUAUUUUUAUUCUUUAUAAUUCUACUGUUUGUUUGAUUCAUUUUGUACAAAUUAAAUCAGAUGAUCAUUUA